CCCUGUGGCCUCCCCUCUGUGAGCCUCGCCUUCUCCACCUGUGAAAUGGGUUCUGUUUCUCCUACUUCUACAGAGUAGGGCUUUGAGGACGACCCUUUCCGCUCCCAGUCUUGUCGGAAGACCUGCUUCUCCACCUUCGAGGUGUAGAGGCAGCAGCGGCUUCAGAAGCUGUGGUCUUUGCCCUGUCACCUGGUUACCAUGAUGACAGUCACGGCAGAGCAUGGCACCUUGGGCAGUGGCCGCUCCUCAGACAAAGGGCCAUCUUGGUCCAGCCGCUCCCUGGGUGCCCGCUGCCGUAACUCCAUCGCCUCCUGCCCGGAGGAGCAGCCUCACGUGGGCAACUACCGCUUGCUGAGAACCAUCGGGAAGGGCAACUUUGCCAAAGUCAAGCUGGCGAGACACAUUCUCACCGGCCGGGAGGUUGCCAUCAAGAUCAUCGACAAAACCCAGCUGAACCCCAGCAGCCUGCAGAAGCUGUUCCGAGAAGUCCGAAUCAUGAAGGGCUUAAACCACCCCAACAUCGUGAAGCUCUUUGAAGUGAUUGAGACGGAGAAGACGCUGUACCUGGUGAUGGAAUAUGCAAGUGCAGGCGAAGUGUUUGACUACCUCGUGUCCCAUGGCCGCAUGAAGGAGAAGGAGGCUCGGGCCAAGUUUCGACAGAUUGUCUCUGCCGUGCACUAUUGUCACCAGAAAAACAUUGUACACAGGGACCUGAAGGCCGAGAACCUCUUGCUGGACGCCGAGGCCAACAUCAAGAUCGCCGACUUCGGCUUCAGCAACGAGUUCACGCUGGGCUCCAAGCUGGACACGUUCUGCGGGAGCCCCCCGUACGCCGCCCCAGAGCUGUUUCAGGGCAAGAAGUACGACGGGCCGGAGGUGGACAUCUGGAGCCUGGGCGUCAUCCUCUACACCCUCGUCAGUGGCUCCCUGCCCUUCGACGGGCACAACCUCAAGGAGCUGCGGGAGCGCGUCCUCAGAGGGAAGUACCGGGUCCCUUUCUACAUGUCCACCGACUGUGAGAGCAUCCUGCGGAGAUUCUUGGUGCUGAACCCAGCCAAACGCUGCACUCUCGAGCAAAUCAUGGAAGACAAGUGGAUCAACAUUGGCUACGAGGGGGAAGAGUUGAAGCCGUACCUGGAGCCCGAGGAGGAUUGUGGCCCAUCCACCACUCCCCUGCACCCCAAACGCAGCCCGACCAGCACCGGGGAUACUGAGCUCAAGGAGGACCGCCUCCCGACGCGGAAGGCUAGCUGCAGCACCACGGGCAGUGGGAGCCGAGGACUGCCCCCCUCCAGCCCCAUGGUCAGCAGCGCCCACAACCCCAACAAGGCCGAGAUCCCCGAGCGGCGGAAGGACAACACGAGCACCCCUCCCCGGCCGGGCCUGCGGGGGGUGCUCUUCCGCCGUGUGGCGGGCACUGCGCUGGCCUUCCGCACCCUCGUCACCCGCAUCUCCAAUGACCUCGAGCUCUGAGACACCAAGGGCCUCCCCCUCUGGCCCUUUCCUCUUUCUCUCGUGCCCCUAUCGCUUCUUCGGAGUGGGGCAAUAGGCAGCAAGGGGGCUCCCCCUUUGUCAUUGCCUCCAUUUCCCUGAAUCAGAAUUGGGGAGCAGAGAAGAUUCCCUCUGCUGGUUGCACGGCAGGCAAGAAGGAGGGAGCUUAGCAGGAGUAGCUGGUGCCCCCCUCGACCUGCCAUGGGGCACCCGUGGAAACUUUAGGGGGCGGAGGGGGAGGGCAGCACAAAGAGAAGCUGGAGAAAAAAAAAUGCUUCCAUUCUUAAUAACACGAGGAUUCGGGCCAGGAAGAACGCUGACAUUACUACAGACUGGAGAAUUUUGGGGUGGGGGGGCAGGAGUAGGGUUCAGAGAGGCAGAUUCCUCCCCCCUCCCCCUCAUGCUCGAACCCCCUUCCUGCCCCAGGCUGGCGCGGGGCACUUUGUACAAAUCCUUGUAGAUAAUCCAGGUCCCGCCCCCCCCUCGCCCCUUCCCUCCGCAGAGGUCUCACAAGUAGACAUCGCUGUUGCUUCCGGGUUUUUAAGUUAUUACACCCCCCACCCACCCUCCUCAUCCACCCCACCCUCCUGCAGCCUGUCGCCCAGUAAACUUAGGACAGCCCUUCUCCCCUCCCCCACUGUGCUGAGCCUGGGGUCUUCCUUCCCCGCCCCCCCCUCAGCAAGGUGGAGGAGGAGGUGGGGUGCGACGUUGAGCCUGUGGCUUUGCCUCCCGUCUCGGGGUCCUCAUCUGCAGAAUGUGAGCAGUGGGGGCGUGAGCGCCCAGGAUGAACUAGACAUUCUUGGGACAGAACUCGGCCUGGUCCACAAGGCCCCAGCUGCGGGGUCAGGGCCCUCCCCAGUUCACCCACUCAUGCGCCCACCUGCCCGCCUGCCACGUGACACUGGACUCCCAGCCACUUCUUACUCCAGUCGUACAUUUAUUCAAUAAAUAGUCCUUGACCAGUG